GUGCUGGCAGGGCUGCGUCCCCUCCUCCAUGGCGGCGGCGGCCGGGGCUGCCCCUGCCCUGCUCCCUGCGUGCCGGUGUCCCGCCGGGCCGGUGAUUUCCGUGGCUUCGCCGCGUUUGACUUCUGCCGAACAAAGCGGAGGAUCUGGCCCUGGGAUCGGACUUAACGAAGGGAGCUCGGGUGUGUUUAUUCUCCAGGCUGAGUGCGGGUCAGGGCCUUUGUUGCUGCCUGCCUUGCUGCUGGCUGCAGCACUCCCGCCGCGAGACCCGGACCCAGCCCUGGGCUGGCAAUUCCCGGGCAGCAGAGACCAGGACUGCCGUGCUGGCGACACGGCUCCGCGAACCGGGGAGCAUUACCCGAGUCGGGCUUCUGCCGAGUCCCGCUGGGCUUUGUUGUAAUUGUCUUUCUGUAUAGGGUGUUCUGGUGCCUUGGUCGUUUGUGUCCUCAAUGAGGAGUCAGUCAUGGUUUUUGGCACCUCUGGCUCAAUGGAAGGGGAGCCUGGAGAGAGCCAGGACAGCAGAGGUGCUGCCAUGUCUCUGUGCAGUGACAGGAGGGUGGGCAUGGGUGACCCCAAUGCCCAUGAUGCCAUCCUCACUGCCUGCAAGCUUGAAUUUUUCAUUGAUCUGAACUGGUGAAAUGCAUGCAUUGAGAACUUAGACUGUUGUUGUCACUGAUCCAUUAAUGUCUCCUUCAAGUUUGUGUGCUCUGUGGAAAAAGCUAGUGAUUAGAGGAUCCUGGCCAGGGUUUGACCAGUGAAUGGCUUGGUGAUGUACCAUGUGUGUAGAGCAAGGCCAAAGGCCGGGAAUUAUGAGUGAUCUGGAGUUUGGUUCAGCAUGUACCAUGACUCCUUAACUUUCCUGAGUUUGGAUUGGGGCCCCUUUUCCCAGCAAGGUGCUGAGUGCCAUGACUUCAUGCAAAAUGAGAAGGAGCAAGUGUUUGCCUCCAGUGGAUACUGGUGAGGUGGCUGGUUUGGCUUUAGACUGGAGACAGCCCAGCUUCUUCUCUGGCUGUACCCGGGAAGUGUUCCAUGCAGUGCCCUGGGGAACAUCCCACUACAGACAUGUGGUACUUGGUGAUAACAUGUGUGCUGUGACACCACCCUGUUCCACAGCCUCAUCCAAGCCCCUCUUAGCCUUCCCCAGCAUGCAGCUGUGUAGAUACCCCAACAUGGUCUGCCUGCUAUGCUUGGAGAUCACAUUUGGGCAAACGUCUUGUGCAUCAUGGAGGAGAAAAGCUGCAGACAAUAAAUAAGUUUUGAUGGUUUCAGUGCCAGGCAUGGGCAGUCCUGGCUCUUCUGCCCUGCACUCACCAUGUGGUUUAUCCAAGCCCACACCUUCCCAUGGGUUUGUCAGAGCGUGGCCAGACACAGGAAGGUGUCCUUGUUUGCCUUGCUUCCCUGAACACUCUGUGGCUGCCUCCAGCCCUUGUUCCAGGUGGAAGCCACCAUUUAAAAACCUGAAUGAAAAACAUCUCAAAGUUUAUUUUCCCUUUAGCUAAGGCUUGGCACACCUCCUCUUUGUUGCUGGUGUGCUGGGAUGUUUGAGUCUGGAAGAAAACUCCACAUCCAGGUCAUCAGGCUCUUUAUUCCACAAACACUUUUGCUCCUUUCUCCUCUGAAGUUGCCUUGCAUGGUGCAAGAUGGACUAUUUUGGAUGAUUCCUCCGUCCCCAUGGUGUCUUGGUGUAAUGAGAGCCAAAUCCACCCCUGCCCUGUGCCCAGCUGUGCUGGUCUGUGCCUGGGGCCAGAGACCCUUGUGAGCUGCCUGAAGCACAGAGGAGACUUUUUAUUGCUGGGGUCAGCUCAGGGCCUGGUGCGAGCCAGGGUGCGAUAUCCUCUUUGCUCCUUGAGCUGAGAUUGUGAGGGAUUUUGCUAGAGAAAGUGCCCGAGGUGAGAAGAUGCCAGGGGAGCCAGAGACAGGCUGCGUGGCUCUGGGGGACAUGCUGUGCAGGGAACAUCUCUUCCUCAUCUCUCCUCCUCCCCAUGGGCAGCCUGCAGAUCAGCCCUGGGGCUCGCUGCCCACCUCCUCACCCUGAGCAUCCCGCAAUCUGCCAGCCAAACUGGCACAGAGACCCGGGAGCGCUGGUAAUCCAAUUUGGGCAGUUUAGCUGCAUUUUGCUCUCCAUGCUGCUGGCCGGAGCUCCGGAGCUUUAAUCCGGCUAAUGACCCCAGCUUGAGUAACCAGGACCAUUCUUUUCAUUCAGUUUUCCUUUCUGUCGGUGAUGGCGAAGAGCUGAGGCUGCUUCUGAGUCUGGUCUGUGGUAUCAGGGACGGUUUCCAGGUACAGGGUUGACUGGACUGGCCACGCCCACGAUGCCCUGAAUGCUGAGCGAAGAGGAAGCAGAGGAGAGUGUUUCCCAUUAGCUCCUCCUCCCUCCCCCAUCCCUUUAGUUUGGGUUUGUUUCUAUUUAUUUUGUGGCUGGGUUUGGGCAUGGCCUUGGCUGGAUGUGAGGCUGCUGCAAUGUGGCUCCUUUGGCUCAAGCACCACUUGUCCAUCCACAUUUGGACCUUGCUGCUCUUGGGGAGCACCUGGCUACCGCUGGCGGAAGGCAGCCCCAAAUCUCCCUUUAGGACUUUCCCGGUUACAGACUGGAGCUUGACACACUUGGUGGUCCAUAACAAAACUGGGGAGGUCUACGUGGGGGCUGUCAAUCGGAUCUACAAGCUCUCCAAUAACCUCACACUCCUGCGGACCCACGUGACGGGGCCCGUGGAGGACAAUGAGAAGUGUUACCCUCCGCCCAGCGUCCAAUCCUGCCCACACGGGCUGGUUACGACCAACAACGUGAACAAACUGCUGCUGGUGGACUACUCGGGGAAUCGGCUGAUUGCCUGCGGCAGUGCCUCCCAGGGGAUUUGCCAGUUCCUGCGGCUGGACGACCUCUUCAAGCUGGGUGAGCCCCACCACCGCAAGGAGCACUACCUCUCCAGUGUCAACGAGUCGGGCACCAUGUCUGGUGUCAUCAUCGAGGUGCUGAAUGGGCAGAACAAGCUCUUCAUUGGGACGCCCAUUGAUGGGAAGUCGGAGUACUUCCCCACUCUCUCGAGCCGCAAGCUGAUGGCCAACGAGGAGAACGCGGAGAUGUUUGGCUUUGUCUACCAGGAUGAGUUUGUCUCUUCACAGCUCAAAAUCCCCUCGGAUACACUCUCCAAGUUCCCCACCUUUGACAUCUACUACAUCUACAGCUUCAGCAGCGAGCAGUUUGUUUACUACCUGACCCUGCAGCUGGACACCCAGCUGACCUCUCCCGACUCCACCGGGGAGCAGUUUUUCACCUCCAAGAUCGUCCGCCUCUGUGUGGAUGACCCCAAGUUCUACUCCUAUGUGGAAUUCCCCAUUGGCUGUGUGCAGGACGGCAUCGAGUACCGGCUGAUCCAGGACGCCUACCUGACCAAGCCUGGCAAGGCUUUGGCCAAGUACCUGGGCAUCUCAGAGCAGGAGGAUAUCCUCUUCACCAUCUUCUCCCAGGGCCAGAAAAAUAGGGUUAAGCCUCCCAAGGAGUCUGUGCUCUGCCUCUUCACGUUGAAGAAGAUCAAGGAUAAGAUCAAGGAGCGUAUCCAGUCAUGCUACAGAGGGGAAGGGAAGCUCUCACUGCCCUGGCUCUUGAAUAAGGAGCUGGGCUGCAUCAACUCGCCGCUGCAGAUCGACGACAAUUUCUGUGGCCAGGAUUUUAACCAGCCACUGGGAGGGACUGUCACCAUCGAGGGGACCCCGCUGUUUGUGGAUAAGGAGGAUGGGAUGACCUCGGUGGCUGCCUAUGACUACAGAGGACAAACUGUUGUCUUUGCGGGCACACGGAGCGGAAAGAUCAAAAAGAUCCUGGUGGACUUGCCAGCUGAGAGGAAGCACCAAGCUCUGCAGUAUGAGAAUGUUGUGGCUCACGAAGGCAGCUCCAUCCUGCGAGACCUGGUGCUGAGCCCUGACCGUCAGCACAUCUAUGCCAUGACUGAGAAACAGGUGACGCGUGUGCCGGUGGAGAGCUGUGAGCAGUAUGAGAGCUGUGAGCUGUGCCUGGGCUCCCGGGACCCCCACUGCGGCUGGUGUGUCCUCCACAACAUCUGCUCCCGCAAGGACCGGUGCGAGCGGGCGGACGAGCCGCAGCGCUUCGCCUCGGAGCUGCGGCAGUGCGUGCAGCUCACCGUGCAGCCCAGCAACAUCUCCGUCACCAUGUCCGAGGUCCCGCUGGUCCUGCAGGCCUGGAACGUCCCAGACCUCUCGGCAGGAGUCAACUGCUCCUUUGAAGACUUCACCGAGUCAGAGAGCCGCAUUGAGGAUGGGAAGAUCUACUGCAGCUCUCCCUCUGCCAAGGACGUCAUCCCCAUCACCAGGGGCCGCGGGGACAAGCGAGUGGUGAAGCUCUACCUGAAAUCCAAGGAGACGGGGAAGAAAUUUGCCUCUGUGGACUUUGUUUUCUACAACUGCAGCGUCCAUCAGUCCUGCCUGUCCUGCGUGAACGGCUCCUUUCCCUGCCACUGGUGCAAGUACCGCCACAUCUGCACCCACAACGCUGCUGACUGCUCUUUCCUGGAGGGGCGUGUCAAGCUCUCUGAGGACUGCCCUCAGAUCCUGCCUUCCACCCAGAUCUACAUCCCCGUGGGUGUGGUGAAGCCCAUCACCCUGACGGCCAAGAACCUGCCCCAGCCGCAGUCGGGGCAGCGCAACUACGAGUGCAUCUUCCACAUCCCCGGCAGCACCACGCGCGUCACCGCCCUGCGCUUCAACAGCACCAGCAUCCAGUGCCAGAACACCUCGUAUUUCUACGAAGGGAAUGAUAUCAGUGACCUGCCCGUCAACUUGUCUGUGGUCUGGAAUGGGAACUUUGUCAUUGACAACCCCCAGAACAUCCAGGCCCACCUGUACAAGUGCUCGGCGCUGCGGGAGAGCUGCGGGCUGUGCCUCAAGGCGGACCCGCGCUUCGAGUGCGGCUGGUGCGUGUCGGAGCGGCGCUGCUCCCUGCGCCAGCACUGCCUGGCCUACGAGAGCAGCUGGAUGCACGCCAGCAGCGGCAACAGCCGCUGCACCGACCCCAAGAUCACCAAGCUGUUCCCUGAGACCGGCCCCAGACAAGGAGGGACCCGUCUGACCAUCACUGGCGAGAACCUGGGCCUGAAGUUUGAAGAUAUUCGCUGGGGUGUCCGAGUGGGCAAAGUGGUGUGCAUCCCCAUCGAGAGCGAGUACAUCAGCGCCGAGCAGAUUGUGUGUGAAAUUGGAGAUGCCAGCACGAGCAAGGUGCAUGAGGCACGGGUAGAAGUGUGCAUCCGUGACUGCACACCCAGCUACCGGGCCAUAUCCCCCAAGACCUUCACCUUUGUGAUGCCCACUUUCUCCCGUGUUGUCCCAGCCCGGGGCCCUCUCUCUGGUGGCACCUGGAUUGCCAUCGAAGGCACCCACCUCAACGCCGGCAGCAACGUCUCUGUGACCAUCGGGGGACGGCCCUGUGCUUUUUCAUGGAGAAGCGCCCGGGAGAUUCGGUGCAGGACCCCCCCAGGGCACACCCCCGGCGGCUCCCCCAUCCUCAUCAACAUCAACCGGGCAGAGCUGAGCAACCCAGAGGUGAAGUACAACUACACAGAGGACCCCACCAUCCAGAAGAUUGAUCCUGAAUGGAGCAUCAACAGUGGUGGGACAUUGCUGACUGUGACUGGCACCAACCUGGCCACCAUCAAAGAGCCCAGGAUCCGGGCCAAGUACUGCAGCUCUGAGAGGGAGAAUAACUGCACUGUCUACAAUGACACCACCAUGGUGUGCUACGCUCCCUCCAUUGACAACCCUGUGCGGAGCCCUCCGGAGCUUGGCGACCGCCCGGACGAGAUCGGCUUUGUCAUGGAUAAUGUCCAGGCCCUGCUGAUCAUCAACACCACCAAUUUCGUCUACUACCCAGAUCCUGUCUUUGAGCCACUCAGCCCCACAGGGAUGCUGGAGCUGAAGCCCAGCUCUCCCCUCAUCCUCAAGGGCAGGAACCUGCUCCCACCAGCUGCUGGUAACUCCCGCCUCAACUACACGGUGCUGAUCGGAGACACUCCCUGCACCCUCACGGUCUCUGAGACACAGCUCCUCUGCGAGUCCCCCAACCUCACUGGCCAACACAAAGUCACAAUCAAGGCUGGAGGGUUUGAGUUCUCGCCGGGGACGCUGCAGAUCUACUCAGACAGCCUGCUCACCCUGCCCGCCAUCAUCGGCAUCGGUGGCGGCGGCGGCCUGCUCCUCCUCAUCAUCAUCAUCGUCCUCAUCGCCUACAAGCGCAAGUCCCGGGAUGCUGACCGGACCCUGAAACGUCUCCAGCUGCAGAUGGACAACCUGGAGUCCCGGGUGGCCCUGGAGUGCAAAGAGGCCUUUGCUGAGCUGCAGACAGACAUCAAUGAGCUGACCAACGACCUGGAUGGGGCUGGCAUCCCCUUUCUGGAUUACCGCACCUACGCCAUGCGGGUUCUCUUCCCGGGGAUAGAAGACCACCCUGUGCUGAAAGAGAUGGAGGUCCAGGCUAAUGUGGAGAAGUCUUUGACCCUCUUUGGUCAGCUCCUGAACAAGAAGCACUUCUUGCUGACCUUCAUCCGUACUCUGGAGGCCCAGCGGAGCUUCUCCAUGCGGGACCGCGGCAACGUGGCCUCGCUCAUCAUGACGGCGCUGCAGGGCGAGAUGGAGUAUGCCACAGGGGUGCUGAAACAGCUCCUGUCCGACCUUAUUGAGAAGAACUUGGAGAGCAAGAACCACCCCAAGCUGCUUUUGCGGAGAACGGAGUCAGUGGCAGAGAAGAUGCUGACAAAUUGGUUCACGUUUCUGCUGUACAAGUUUCUGAAGGAAUGUGCUGGGGAACCACUCUUCAUGCUCUACUGUGCCAUCAAGCAGCAGAUGGAGAAGGGACCCAUUGAUGCCAUCACAGGAGAGGCUCGCUACUCCCUCAGUGAGGACAAGCUCAUCCGGCAGCAGAUUGACUACAAAAUGCUGACCCUCAACUGUGUGAACCCUGAGAAUGAGAAUGCCCCAGAGAUCCCUGUCAAGGUGCUGAACUGCGACACCAUCACGCAGGUGAAGGAGAAGCUGCUGGAUGCUGUCUACAAGGGCGUGCCCUAUUCCCAGCGACCCAAAGCUGGGGACAUGGACCUGGAGUGGCGGCAGGGCAGGAUGGCCCGCAUCAUACUGCAGGAUGAAGACGUCACCACGAAGAUUGACAAUGACUGGAAGAGGCUGAACACCCUGGCCCACUACCAGGUGACAGAUGGCUCCUCGGUAGCCCUGGUGCCCAAGCAGAACUCAGCAUACAACAUCUCCAACUCCUCCACCUUCACCAAGUCCCUCAGCAGAUAUGAGAGCAUGCUGAGGACAGCCAGCAGCCCCGACAGCCUGCGCUCACGGACCCCCAUGAUCACCCCCGACCUGGAGAGCGGCACCAAGCUCUGGCACCUGGUGAAAAACCACGACCACAUGGACCAGAGGGAGGGCGACCGGGGCAGCAAGAUGGUCUCCGAGAUCUACCUGACCCGUCUGUUGGCCACCAAGGGCACCCUGCAGAAAUUUGUGGAUGACCUGUUUGAGACCAUCUUUAGCACAGCUCACCGUGGGAGUGCACUGCCCCUCGCCAUCAAAUACAUGUUUGAUUUCCUGGAUGAACAAGCUGAUAAGCAUCAGAUCAAUGAUUAUGACGUCAGGCACACCUGGAAGAGUAACUGUCUACCUCUACGUUUUUGGGUGAAUGUGAUUAAGAACCCCCAGUUUGUGUUCGACAUUCACAAGAACAGUAUUACUGAUGCCUGCCUAUCCGUGGUGGCUCAGACAUUCAUGGACUCCUGCUCGACCUCUGAGCACAAGCUAGGAAAGGACUCUCCCUCCAACAAACUACUGUAUGCCAAGGACAUCCCCAACUACAAGAGCUGGGUAGAAAGAUAUUAUGCAGAUAUAGCUAAAAUGCCAGCCAUCAGUGACCAGGACAUGAGCGCGUACCUGGCGGAGCAGUCACGGUUACACCUCAGCCAGUUCAACAGCAUGAGUGCCCUGCACGAGAUCUACUCCUACAUCACCAAGUACAAGGAUGAGAUUUUAGCUGCGUUGGAGAAGGAUGAGCAGGCCCGGAGGCAGCGACUGCGGAGUAAGCUGGAGCAGGCGAUCGACACAAUGGCCUUAAGCAGCUGAGAAGGCGGCGGCGGCGCCAGCGUCCGGCAGCGGGGCGGCAGGACGGACGGACGGACGGAUGGACAGAGGGAGGGAGGGAGGAAGGACCGGCCAGCGGCAGCCGCGGGCACAAGACUUUGGGGCUGGGAGCGGCCGGGCCCGCGGGAGCCGCCCGCUCCCCACGGACACACCGAGAGACCUCGCGCUUUAGCGGAACGAACACAAACCCCGAGGAGAGCAGCAGCGCCGAUGGAGCUCCCUGAGCCACAGAGAGCCCCAGGCCCAUGGGAGGCAGCAGGGACCUUGCAGAGAGGCCGUGCUGGCGGAGGAGAAGGGGGUCCGGCCCCACCGACCUGCUGGGCACCCCUUGCCUGGGCAGAGCCCCUGAGCCCACAUGGGAGGAGGGCCGGGACCGCGGGGCUUCUAGGAAGGCGUUUGGAUGUUGUUGUUACUUUGGUGAAGGGAGGGUGGGUGGGCUCCUAUUUUUACUGUACUUGACUUGCUCUCCCUUCCUUCCCCCCAGCUGUCCACCCCCUCUCCUCCUCCUCCUCUCUCUUUUUCUGUCUCUGCCCCCUUCUCUCUCUCUCUCUGGCCUUCUGCCACUAGUGUUAACUGCUAUAUUUGCACAAUUUACACGAGACAAACAAAAUUUUUAAUUUAAAGGGAAAAAAUUAUAACUAAAAAUGGGAGGGGAAAAAAUAUUCUGAAUUUUUUGCAACAAACUAACAAAAAUGAUUUUACGAGAUAAGCUAAAGGACUGAUGCUGGGGAGAUUUGGGGUUGGGGCUUUAGGGGUGGGCAGGAAAGGGAGCUUUGAUAUUUCUAAAAUAUGUCCUGUGCCAUGUUUUAUUUGAAUGUUGUUUAGUGCGAAAAAAAAAAAAAUUGAAGCAAAAAAAGUUGGGAGUUUUGUUAGCUGGAUAGAUGCUGUUAUUUUAAUGCUGCUGAGUGGUUCUGGAGGUCAAAAUCAGAGAGGAAGGGAGAUCCCAAGGCUGGUUUUAAUUUUCCUGGGUGGUUGCUGAGGGAUGGUUGGUGUUUUGUUGAGCUUGUCCUUGUUUUCCCAGUUUGCUGGCCGUGGGGUGGUCUGGGCAGUGCUCCUGCUCCUGCCUGGCCUGGGAUGAGGUGGGGUGGAGGAUGGUUGUGGGGCCUUGGGGGCUGUCAGGAGGGUUGAUGGAGAGCCAGCCUGGCUUCUUGUGUCAGAUUCUUUGGCACUGGAGCCACCUUAACAAAGCCCCUUUACAUUUAUUUUUCCCCAUCAUCUUUUUGUGCUGAUGCAGGGGAAGAGACCAGAUCCCCAGUGAAAGGGGAGGCAGCUCCUCUGCACUCCUGGCUGGGAUGUCCCCUGGCAAACCCCACUGGGUUCCCAGCCCAUGCAGGGACUGGGAUUCUGGCUGCCAUGGGGCUGUCACCUGCUCUUCCACCUGGGGAGCCCAAACGUGUGCAGGACCUUCCGCCCAAGACUGACCUUCCUUUCUCUGUCUUUUCCUUCUUUCUCCCCCUUUCUCCUCUUGCUGUCACCCCAUCUCCCCUCCGCUGCCUCUGCCCUGACAGGGCUUCGCUGGAGACCCGAGGUCUCUCCCUCAGCUUCCCCCUUGGAAAUGUCAGUUCCUUGUGGGUUUGUGCUUUCCAGAGAUGAAAAGGUGCUGAAUGCUGCCCCAAAUGGCAGCAGGUGACCAAAAACUUCCAAAAAAAAAAAAAGAGCAAAACCCUUUCCUUUUCUGUACUGAGAGCUCCUGUCACUGCCCAGGCCACAGCACAUGGGGCCACACUCUGCCAGGAGCGGAUGGCUGUCGAAAUCCAAGUGGAGAGAAGCCCAGCUGAUUUCUGUCCAUUCCCUUAAAUUGCAAGUUAAGGGGGGGAGAGGGAGAAAUAAUGAAGUUUUUAAUUAAAAAAAAAUAAUAAAAGUGUGUAUAUAUAUAUAUGUGGUUACAAUCUAAUUCUCGUGCCCCAGUGGGGUGCUGUAUAGUUAACUGAAGGAGAAUUGAACCAAUAUAAAAAUGAGAUGAAUUUACACAGCCAGUUAAAACAAAACAAACAACCACUGGAAAAAAAAAUUAAAAAAGGAUACCAAAUGGUGUGGAAGGAACUUCCAAGCCUUUCUCACCAUGCAGAACAACCGUUUGAAGUCUGCACAUCUCUCAUUAUGUUGUAAUUUUGUUUGGUUUUGUUUUGUUUUAAUAAGGAGGGAAAGGAGAGAAGUUACUGAUUAAAAAAAAAAAAGAAAAAAAAAAGACAACAAAAGAAUCCAACCACAACAGCAAAACUGUUUGAAAAAGAAUUUAUAAUUGUUUCCCAAACCUACGAACCCUGAGCUGUCGCUGGAUUUCUGAGAGCUGUGGGCUGUUGCAUGACUGUGCUAGAUUUUAGUCUGAGUUGAUCUUUUUAAGAAACAGAAGAAAAAAACCCAUAAAACAAAGAAACUGCGAGUAUUGAAUAUUAGAGGUUUGUUUAGACCUGUUACCUAUUUUUUUUAAUUUGAAAUUAAUUUGCCACUUUCUCGUCCAAAAGAAAAAAAAACCAAGAAACAGCAAAAAGAAAGACUUUAGAGGUUCACAUCUCAAAUGUGGUACUUGGAGAGCCUUAAAGGACAGCUGUGUGCCCUGUGCUGGGGCCACUGCUGGCUGCCAGCAUCUCUCUGGGUGCUCUGGUGGAACAGAACCCUCCAGGGGUCCCUUUAUAGAAUUCACUGCUGCUGUGGUGGGGUGGAGGGGUGCCUGCAGCUCCCUUUGGUGCAAAACUUCUUCCUUGUGGCAUUGCUGGCUCCGUGGUGCUGGUGGAGGUCCUGGAAAUGGCCCGGAGGAUGGCGGCAAUGCAUCGGUGAUCACUGCGGAGUGAUGGAAGGGGAGCGAUGGCUCUGGGGUCUCUGUCCAGGACUGGAGUGGGUUCUGCCUGUUGCAGUGGUAAGAGUGUCUUGGGGAGCUUCGGUUGCUGUUGCAAGCACGUGGGUUUUGUGGUGGUUGAGAGGGGAUGGAGAUGUGUUUCCAAGAACACCUCCCUGAAAAUUUCUCUGUUGACGCAGAGGGCUGGAAGCACUGUUGAUUGCUGAGGUCUGUUAGCUGUAGCUUUCCCAGCACCAAUGCUGUGGGUGCUCCCUCAGCCAGCCUGGAGGGACAGAUGAGGUUUUUGGCCAUGGUGGGUCUGAGAUGGAUUUGGGCAGCAGAGAGGCUCCUGGGGAGGUCAUGCUGGGCUGGCUGGCAGUGCCAUGGUGUGGCUCUGCUUUCUGGGCUCCCCUUGUGCUGUGACCUGGCUCUUCCAGCCCCCUGGUGAUGCUGACUGCCUGUAGUGUGAUCCUUGGGAUGAGUUCCCGUUGGCUUCCUCCUGGAGAGCUUUGGGGUGUUUGUGGUUUGCUCCACUGAAGGGUACCCCAGCAUCUCCCCACUGCUUGGGGGUCCCCUUGCUGCCCCUAACAGAGGGUGCUGGUCAGUGAGGUGGGCACUGUGGUGCUGCCCGCAGCCUCUGGCGCUUCUUGGUGCUACCUUUGCCUUUCGCAUGAUGCCCAGCGUCCUUAAUUGUGCCAGGCAGCUGCCCACCCUCCCUUGACCGGCCUGGUGGGGUCAGAACUGGCCCUGUCAGACCCUGCCUCGGAAGGGGGAAAGGUGUGGAGAAGCUGGGAAGCAUCCACAAGACUCCUCUUCCUGCUGGCGUAGCCCGUGCCCCAGAGUGGGGUGAAAUGGAGAAGCACUCCUUGUUGUGAGCCUGCAUUUCUGGGCACUCCUGCUCUGGCCCCCCACCAGAAGCAGCUGGACCAUGCAGGUUGAUCCCGCACCACUGCAAGCAAGGGGGUCCCUCCCUGCUCUCGUUGCCUUUCGCUUCAGUUUGGGCUUAAAAAAUGUGCAGUGCAGCCUGGUAGUGUCUCCCCUAGCAGGAGCCCCAUGUCACGCCCAGGGCUGGCCCCAGCCUGGGGACUGGGAGCAGGGGAUGGGUAGGGGGACCCCCGCAGGCUCACCCGCUCCCCACCAAAGCGCACAACAAGCUGUCCUUUAAGGAAGCAGGGGGAACCCUAAGGCGGACCCGGCGAGAGGCAGAGAAUUCUCAUAGUUUUAGAAAAUUAAAUGGGGAAAAAAAGAAUCACACUCCGGAGUCCUGAUUCCCUUUCUGUGAUUGUUUCAGACUUGAAGCAACAGGCCAGCGUGGCUGGUCAAGCGCCCUUUGAUCGUGUAAAUAUCCUGCUAUUUCCUAUUUUAAUGUUCUUCAGAUUUAGUACUUGUAAAUAAACACAUGCAUCAAGGAGAGAUUAAACAUUUUUGCUAAA